AUGCCUUCAAGAAAAAAUAUUGCGAGACGUGCCCGUAUUACUAAUAAAAGUCGUCGUUCGUGGAGUGUUAAAGAAAAACUUAUGGUUAUCUUCUACUUGGAGCGUAUUAAUAGUAUAAGGGCAACUGCGAAAUGUUUUGAAAUUGAACCGAAACAAGUCCGUGAGUGGCAUAACAAAAAGCAAGAACUUCUGAAUGCAGCACUGUACGCUUUAAUACUCAAUCGUGGUCGGCAAGCACAGUACCCCCUGUUUGAAGAAAACUUAAUAGAUUGGAUCGAAGAGCAUCGUAAUAUGCAACAUGCUGUUACUAGAAAUAUGGUAGUUAGGAAGGCUAAAGCUUUGGCCCAGACUGAUGAAAUUAAGAAUGCUUACCCUAACAUCGCUAGCUUUAAAUUUUCUAUUUCCUGGUUAAGUCGGUUCUUAUGUCGUAAUGAUCUUUUGAACCAUAGAUGUACAACUGUUGCGCAACACCUUCCGGUAGCCCUGGCUGAAAAACAAAGUGAAUUCCUUAGUUUGAUUUUGGUCAAACGUAAUCA